CCUCGGGGGCCUCUUGUACCCAUCCUUAGUCCCCAGCUGCCUCCGGCCCCUUCUGCACCCUGACACCUGCAUCCCCGGCCUGUAGGGGUGUGGAGAGUUUCCUCUCUUAUCAGCGCGUUUUACUGCCCCCUCCUCCUUGGUUACACAGCCAUCUGGAGCAGGAUUCCUGGCAGGGCCAGAGCAACAACGGUCAGCUCCCCGCCAGCAAGCGAAGGGUCCCUGCAGUGCUGUCUCAGGAGACAGGUAAGGGGCGUGCAGGCAGGAAAGAAAAAGAAAGGCCCCCAUAAGGAAGGGAGAGCCACCCCAGACCAUGCAGAGAGGGCUGGACCUGUGAAGGGAGGUCACGGAGAGAGCAGAGGAGAGCCAGGGCCAGCCCAGAGACGCCUGCGAAGGAUCACAGCCCGCAGCUCAGCCCAGCCCCGGAGAGGAAAGGGGACAGGCACCCCAGCACCCCCUUCCACAGCCUCCACCCGAGGGACAGCAGGAGAACCGACGCGCCGGAAGGCACCUCCUGGAGUCUGGAAGGAGCAGAACUGAAGGAAAUCCAGGGGGGCUUCCGGGAAGACCCCUCGAGCUUCAGUGCAUCCCAGGCUGGCAGCCCCCUGGGGCCCAAGGGUGGCACUCGAGCCUCCCAGAAGCCGGCCAGAGCUGGCAGGAAAGGGCCACAGCCAGAGAAGGGGCCAAGGUGCACACGCUGCCUCCAGACCUCCGCUGGGGACAGACCUCCCGCUUCCAGCCCCCCUCCUGUCUUUCCCUCUUCUCGUUGUCCCCACUGGGCAGUGACCUCAGAGACUCGGGCCUAGGCUGGUGACUGUGAAAGCAACUGCCUCUCAGAAGACCCUUCUCUGGAAGACUGAGCCCAACUUCGCGAUGGUGACGAGUGCUUGACCCCAAGCUGGCGAGGGCUGUGGGACAGGACACAGCACCUUCGGGCUCCUCCCUCGCGGUCUGUCCCCUUGGUCCCAGGGGUGUUUUCAAGUGGUCCAUGGAAGCCGCUGUGGAGACAGGAUCCCAGUUGAGUAACCCGACGGGAGACUCUUCCUUCUCCACUUCCACUGCCAGGAGGUUCAGGGGAGGAAGAACGCCACCCCCCACUGGCUCCAUCCCGGGCCCACCCAGAGCCCCCGCUGGGCCCCUCCGAGUGCACCGAGGUGGGCCCCGCUCCCUGCAGGGGCAUGGAGAGCAGGCCCUCGGGGUGCUGUGAGGCCCCGAAGAAGCUGGGCCUGUCCUUCUCCAUCGAGGCCAUCCUCAAGAGGCCCUCCAAGAGGAGCGAGGCGGCCGGGCCGCACGGGGCAGGUGGGGAGGGACUUCGGCAGGCAGCGGCCACGGGCUCCAGGCUGGAGAGGCCCCCGCAGGACCAGCCCCAGGAAGAGAGGAAGAGCAAGCGGAGGGUCCGUACCACCUUCACCACGGAGCAGCUGCAAGAGCUGGAGAAGAUCUUCCACUUCACCCACUACCCAGACAUCCACGUGCGCAGCCAGCUGGCAGCCAGGAUCAACCUCCCGGAGGCCCGGGUGCAGAUCUGGUUCCAGAACCAGCGGGCCAAGUGGCGGAAGCAGGAGAAGACCGGCAGCCUUGGGGCGACCCAGCAGCUGCGCGAGCCGGAUGUGACCCUGCCCACAAAUCCGGACGUGGCCGGCCCCAUGCUGAUGCCCGCUGCUCUGCACAGGCCGGCUCCUCCCGUGGGGUGUUGCCCACCAGCUCAAGGUCAGCCGGCCUCUGCCUGGCUCCCUGCCCGGAUCACCCUCCUCCCGCAGCACCCAUGGGAGACGCAGCCUCUCCCGGGCCCUGUCGUCCAGCAGACCUGCGUCCCCACACUGUGCAUCCUUCCACCUCUGCACCCCAAAUGGGGCAGCGUCUGUGCUACUUCAACAUAGGGAUCGGACGUCCUCUCCCCAGGUGAAGGCAGGUGGCAGGUGUGCCCUGGGACUCGGACGGAAUCAAUCUCACAAUCCAAAGAUGGCGCACAGCCCAGGAAGCUCCCCAGAAACCACCCGCUGGAAGGUGGCACCGGGCUCAGCAGCAAAGUCAAUGCUAAAGGACAGCUCCCAUCUGUCCUGGCCAAAGCUGCUCUGCUGUGCAGAAGGCAAGCUGGACGGGGCCUCAGGAUGAGCUCUGGACCAGGGAGCUUGUCCUCCUGCACCUGUGCCUCCUCUAAGUUGCUGUGCAACCUCCAGCCGGUCACUCACCCCCUCUGCACCUCACCUGUAACACGAGGCAGUUGGACAAGAUGAUUUCUAAGGGCCCUUCUGACCCUUACUUUGGUGAGGUGAACCAUGGCCAGCAUUGAGACAUAGAGGAAGCCAAGUGAGGCUGCUUGUUCAUGCAUUCCUUCAUUCGUUCGUCGUGACACAUUUAUUGAGCAGCUACUGAAUACUCCAUAAAUAGACAUGAACAACUUGGGUCCCAUCCAGGCUGGUCAAAGUGUGGUGCUGACUGUCCCUUGCAAACAGAACACUCGUUCAAUGGCCUUGCAAUUGGCCUGUGUCUAACAUAUUCCUUGUGGCUUUGAUUUGCACAUCCUCGAGUAAGAGAGAAAUACAGGGAUUAAUUUUUUCUAUUAAAACAGAAUUCAGUGUCUUUAGUUAUUCUCUAGGAUUGAGAGGAGAUGUUGUCAUUUCUGGCAUGCAGAAUAAGACAGUAUGUUAUUUCCUUCAGUCUGUCUUUCCCGGACAUGCGUGGGUGGGCCGGCUGGAAGACCAGCCUCACUCUGUCCUGGAGAGCCUGAGACCUCACCCACUCUCUGCUUCCUCGCAGCGAGACCUCGGGCAAACCGCAUGCCCUGUCUGAGCCUCAGUUUUCCUGUCUGUGAAAAGGGGUGGUAACCCCCACCUGGCCUGCCUCAACAAGCAAUCCAGAGGCUCCGAGAGGACGUGAGAGGACUUUGCAAGGGCUGGGGGAUAGGCCCACUGGGGAGCGAUGUCGUCCCUCGCAGAUUCCACCACAGAGCGGCUGCCCUGGAUCCCAGCCCUGACAUGAGUAACGCCUGCUCACAGGGAGGCUGCCUCCUGAGCUUCCCUUCUGCAUGAGACCUGUCCUUGCUGGGGGACACGGCGCCUGCUCCCCUAAGCUGGGCAGUCUGGACUGACCUCUAUGCACAAGUCUGACCUCCAUGCACAAGGUCCAGGAAUCUUCUGCAAUCUACCUGGGGUCCUGACCCGCCGCGGAGCUGGACCGAGAGCUGAAGAGCCUAGGUCUCGCCCUGCUCUCCUUCUACUCCACUGUGUAACCUCACCAUUUAAUCUCGCUCAGCCUCUGUCUUUCCAUCUGUAAAUCAGAGGUAGCGACGCUAGCUCCACCCUUAGGCACACCAUACGCCAGACCACAGAUGGCAGCCACCGGUGUCUCUGCAGACUUAGAACUGCCAAAUCACUCGGAGGCCAUGAAUGUCGCCACUGACACGUAGUCUCUGACCACUCUGGGUGAAAGGAGAAGGCUAGAGACCAAAGGAUUAAAAAUCCAGUUACCAAAGGUGGGUCGCGCAUAACUUGAGUAGCAGGUACCCAUUUUAUGACCCUACACUCCAAUGUGCAAAAUGUAAUUUCCAGCAUUUUGCUGUAGCUGGAUUUACUUUCUGUUGUUUACAGGAAAUUUAUUCCAGUACCUUCUAGGUUACUUACUCCUUAGACCCUGCAGGUUUAAAGGCAAUCACAUUUGAGAUUGUCCCUCUCUGCUCCCCUCCUUUCCACAGGGGUCUUUGCUCUGCUGAGGGUGAGGGGUGAGAAAGUGCUUGUGCAAAUGCCACCACCAGGCAUGUCCACUUCCCAGCGUGCUCAGUCCCCCACUAGCACCCACUGAGGUGUGUCUCAUCUGGCCUGGCUGUGGGCAUGACCACCUCAUUCAACCCCGCUUUGGGGGUGCACGUCCUCUGCGGUAGCCUCCGGCCCCAAGUGAGAAUGCACCUGGCUUCCUCGCUCUCCUGAGCAGGAGGGAAAGCUGAAGGCUCUCCCACAGCCCCGGUGCCGUGGGAGCCUGGGCCAGGCAGCAGGUCUCACUCAUUCUAGACCUCUCGUGUCCAUUCCUCCUGCCCUGCUGAUAGGAAGGGCCCGCAGAGACUGAAGUUCUCCAGACUUCCAAGUGGAAUGGGAGAGGUGCAGGUCCCUUCUGCUCUGGGGUCCCCAUCCCCUUUCUCAGCCACACACACCCCUUCCCCAGGCUCCUCUAGAAACAGGAUUUGUCAGCCAUAAGAGGUUCAGGUGACCAGAUGUCCAACUUCACUACUGAGGCAAACAUUGAUUCUGAGGGACCAUUUCUUCCUUCCUAGGGAUCUCCCCCACCCCCACCCCCCCCGGGAGCUAUUGUUAUUCCCUUUGCCUGUGUCUUGGGAACAAAGGAAUCAUUUUGACCUCUUACUGGCUGUGUGACCUAGGGCACGUGACAUCCCCCUGUGCACCUGCUCCAUGAAUAACACAGCUCUUGCCUCUUAGGGUGUCCGGGCCAGUGACAUGAGUUGACACACGUUAGUACGUGGUAAGCACUCAAUGUGUGUCAAGGAAAAAGCCAUUUCCCCCAAUACACCUUCUACCCUGUUCUAGUUCUGACUUCGAGCAGCUCUUCUCAUCUCGCGCUCUGCCCGGGAGUUCCUAAACCGGUCUCUAGGAAGGCAAGGAACUCCCACGAGGGAAUGUGACGUUGGGGGUGUCUGUGGGUUUAUCUUUCCCAGGGAAAGGAUGCAUGGCUUUAAUCAGCUCUUACAAGAGCCCUGAGGCUUAAAAAUGGCAAUAAUAAGGAAUCCCGUCGGACACACCUGAGUCAGAUCGUGACAGCUUCGUAGUCUAGCUAGGAGGACUGGAGACUGGAGAGAAAUUCAAGGAUAACUUUUAUUACAAGGCAAAAUUAUAUAAACAUUGUUACGGUUUGAAUGUGCCCCCUAAAAAAAGCAGUAUGUGUUAGAAAUUUAAUCGCCAUGGUAACAACAUUAAGAAGUGAAACCUUUUUAGGAGGUGAUUGGGCCGUGAGGCUCUGUCCUCAUGAAUGGAUUAGUGCUGUCAUCGCCAGAGCGAGUUCCUUAUAAAAGGAUGAUUUCGGAUCACUUUCCUCCCCCCGCCCCGCCUCUCUCUCUCUCUCUUUCUCUCUCUCUCUAUCCCCCCCCCCCGUUUUAUUUGCCCUUUGCCCUUGCUGUGGGAUGCCACCUCAGAAGGCCCUCACCGAAUGCUGGCCCCUUGAUCUUGGACU